CCGAAUCCCCGCAGCGCAUCGUAUCCCGGCCCGCAUGUCUUAGCCCCCUGCAGCAAGCGAUGCAGAUCCAGGCCCUCUGGACUCCACCACCAUCAAUAGCAGCAGCCGCCAACACACUCACCACCACUACAAGCAUAACCAACCACCACAUACACGACAACACCAACAGCGCGAACCAACCUCCUACCCAUCCUCCACAUCCACACCGCCACCCCCAACCCCCCAGUCCCAACCCCAGAAAAAGCAACAACCCCAAUCACCCCACCCCGCAUUACGCUGCAUAUCUUCAAACCGACCGCCCAUCCGCCCGCAUUAGACAGCACGCACCACAUGAACCGACCCGAUUGCGCCCACGUACGCGCGCACAGCGCAAGAACCCCUGGCGCACCUCCCCCGCACCCACCCACCGCACACUGCACACUGCACGCGCCCCACAAAACAACAGGAAACAGGAAACAGGAAAAAGAACACAACACAGAAGCAAAAAAAGCACCCCCGCACCCACUAGGCCCAGCGCUAAUUUAUCCGUCGCGGCGCCGCCAUGUCGGUCGGGCGGGCGGGAUGCCAGUUAACUAACUAGGCUGCGCAAGCCGUUCCGCAGUCCCCGAUCCCGACCCCCGACUGCGGGUGUAAGGCGUCCCGGCGCUUAUGUGCUUCGGCCGAGUGACUGCGUGGCUGGCUAACUGGCUGGCUGGUUGGUUGUUUUGCUCGGCGAGGCGGGGCGAGGCAAGGCGAGGCGAGACAAAGUAGAGGCAGAGGGGCAGCGAGAGGGGGGAAAGAGCGGUGACGGCCGCGGACGAGCGGAGGACAGAGAAUGGAGGACG